AAGGAUGUUCAAACCACCCGACUUACAAGGAUGCUUGUAACCGCCCGUAAUCUGACAAGGAUGCUCAAAACCACCCGUGAUCUGACAAGGAUGCUUAAAACCACCCGUAAUCUGACAAGGAUGCUUGAAACCACCCGUGAUCUGACAAGGAUGCUUGAAACCACCCGUGAUCUGACAAGGAUGCUCAAAAUUACCCGUGAUCUGACAAGGAUGCUUGAAACCACCCGUGAUCUGACAAGGAUGCUCAAAAUUACCCGUGAUCUGACAAGGAUGCUUGAAACCACCCGUGAUCUGACAAGGAUGCUUGAAACCACCCGUGAUCUGACAAGGAUGCUUAAAACCACCCGUGAUCUGACAAGGAUGCUUAAAACCACCCGUGAUCUGACAAGGAUAUUGGAAACAACCUAA